CUGUAUCGCGCACUGUACUGUCGUCCGCGAAAGAACUACACACACAUCUACAAGGCCUCCAGUGACUGACUAGCCACUCUCCAUAGACUUUCAUUGCAUUGGCAUCGGACUUAGCAAUAGCACGCGGGCUAAAAAAGCGUCACCCGAAGACAAGACGUGCCGAAACCCUGAAGAAUGAACCAUAAGAGUAAGAAACGGAUCAAAGAAGCGAAGCGGAGCGCCAGACCCGAGCUGAAGGACUCGAGCGACUGGAUCAAACACGAUUACUGCGAGAGCUUCGACGUGUCGCACAGGACCGUGAAGGACAACGUGGAGCGAGUGGACACCCUGCGCCUCAGUCCCGAGGAGUUCAUCCAGCGCUUCGAGAAGCCGUACAAGCCCGUGGUCCUGCUCAACUGCCAGGAGUCGUGGCCCGGCCGGGACAAAUGGACCUUGGAGCGACUCAAGCGCAAAUACCGCAACCAGAAGUUCAAAUGCGGCGAGGACAACGACGGCUACUCUGUCAAGAUGAAAAUGAAGUACUACGUGGAGUAUCUGGAGUCGACCCGCGACGACAGCCCCCUCUACAUCUUCGACAGCAGUUUCGGGGAGCACGCCAAGCGCCGCAAGCUUCUGGAGGACUACCAGGUGCCCGUUUUCUUCAGGGACGACCUCUUUCAGUUUGCGGGGGAGAAGCGACGCCCGCCGUACAGGUGGUUUGUGAUGGGUCCUGCCCGCUCUGGGACGGGCAUCCACAUCGAUCCGCUCGGCACGAGUGCGUGGAACGCCCUGGUCCAGGGCCACAAGCGCUGGUGCCUGUUCCCCACACACACGCCCCGUGAGCUCAUCAAGGUGACGCGAGAGGACGGGGGAAACCAGCAGGACGAGGCCAUCACCUGGUUCAACGUCAUCUACCCCCGCACACAGCAGCCCUCCUGGCCGGCCGAAUUCAGGCCCCUGGAGGUGCUCCAGCACCCGGGCGAGACCGUGUUUGUGCCCGGUGGAUGGUGGCAUGUCGUCCUGAACUUGGAUACGACUAUUGCUGUGACCCAGAAUUUCGCGAGCACCACGAACUUUCCCAUCGUGUGGCACAAGACGGUGCGAGGCCGACCCAAGCUCUCCAGGAAGUGGUACCGGAUCCUGAAACAGGAAAAGCCAGAUAUCGCAGCUCUGGCAGAUAAAGUGGACCUGCAGGAAUCGACGGGCAUCGCCUCGGACAGCUCCAGUGACUCCUCGUCCUCGUCCUCCUCCAGCUCCUCCGACUCCGGCUCAGAGGCCGACUCGGGCUCCGAGGGGGACGCCAUGACCCAUCGCAGAAAGAAGAGGAAAACCUGUGGCCAGAUGGGAAACGGGGACAUCACAAGCCAGGACGACUGCGUGAGCAAAGAGCGCAGUUCGUCCCGGUGACGUCACCCUCGUGAAAACAAAACUCAGCCUUAGUGCGCCUUUUGAGAUCAACAAGAACAAGUCACCCAAAUAAUGUGCUUGCUGGAGGAGCAGCUCCGAGGGGAAAGAUGGGAAACCCUUCUCGUGUUGCCUUUGCUGAUGUCACACUCCGGAUAUCCCAGUGCCAAGGUCACUCAUCUGCCGUUUUUAUAUGUCCAAUAUCACGCCCCAUCUUGAGGUAAAACGGCUGGACCUGAUGCGUGUAAUGCUCUGUGAACCUAGAAAUCGAUUAUCUUACUGAUUCUGAGCCGUUUCUCUCUCUCAGUUCGCAGAGAACUUGCCCAUAGUACUUAAAACUGGUAUCCGUGCUGCUUUUUUCUUCACUAAAUCAUUAAGUCGCUCAGUUUUAGAGAAUAAUUGAUUCUAAAAAUGCUAAAGGUUUAAUUAGAAGGCCUAACUAUGAACACAGCCUUCAGUCCGGUUUGAUCUGGUUCUGCUUUAACUCGUCACACAGUCCUUUAGCGUUGGGUUCGCUGGUUAAAUUAGCACGUUUGUGGGGUUUGACUGAAACAGGAGGUGUUGUUCUGUUCUAAACCAUAAGUGAAACACAAGAGGGCGCUAAUGCUUAUUUAUUCUACAGUGCACUAUGAGCCACACAGAAGAGGAAAGUGACUAACCUGUAAUGUCUUAAAGUUUUGAAUUCGUUUUUUUUUUAACAGAAGGUAAUGACGUUAAUCCAAAACUGGUAACCUGUCAUGACCUAAAUUUGUUUCAGGGGUACAAUAACGGUCUUUUAUGUUGUGAUUGGACGUGAGGCGUUUAAUGUCCAGAGCGAGUGUUGUUGAAAUGUUUGUGACCACGUGUAACGCAUCAAAGAGGAAAGAUGUGGUUAAAAAGUGCCUAUUUUUACCUGAUGUCGGUUGCUUUGAGCUCUCGUAUUUCUCAUAUCUCGUUUCUCAGCUGCGGAUUUGAAUGGCAAAUAUUACGAUUUAACACGAUAUGGAUGAAGCCUGCCGUUCUCGUUGCUUCAGAUCUGUCUUCUUCAAUGGCUUGGUCAUGUGACACCCUAAGAUCAAAACAAAAUGAAUGAUGAUGAUUGUUUAAUAAAAGUUUCUAUGUAUUUGUC